AUGGUGGAGCCGUACAAUUCUUUGCUCACCACGCACACCACUCUCGAACAUUCUGACUGUUCCUUUAUGCUCGACAACGAAGCUAUCUAUGAGAUUGCGAAGUCGAAUUUGAACAUAAGAAGGUGA